ACCAAAUCAACCUCCAAACAAAGGAUCAGUGAUCUGAUCAUGGAAUGAUUACAGAGACAAAGAAGGAUGAGGAAGGAGGUGGUGGUGAUAGCUUCACUGGGCACAACCUUGGCACUGGUCGCAGCAGUUGGUCUGAUCAAGAGAUGGAAGAAGAAGAAAGAGAGACAAGGGAGGCAAACACGAAACCUCGUACGUAAAUUCGCAAGGGAAUGUGCCACUCCUGUCAAAACCCUCUGGCUCGUCGCCGAUGACUUAGUUUCCGACAUGAAAGCCUCUCUCGCUUCUUCCUCCGACGAAGCCACCACUCUCAAGAUGAUCAUUUCGUAUGCUGCAUCGCUCCCUAAUGGAGAAGAGGAAGGUUUCUUCUACGGGGUUAACAUGAGAAGCACAAACUUCUUGAUUUUGUGUGCUCGUCUCAGAGGAAAGAACAGCCACGUCUCUGACUUAGACAGAGAAGAAAUCUCCUUCCCUCCUGAUCUCCUGGAUGCAACUAGACAGGUGGUGUUUGAGUUUGUGGCUACAGAGAUAGCGAAAUUUAUUGUGGCACAUCCUGAGAAGGAAAUAUCUAACGUUCCAAAGAAACUGGGGUUCACUUUGUCUAACCUGGUCGGCCAAGCUGGUACUACAUUAAACCACUGGAAAACCUUCUCCGCAGAAGACCCAGUCGGGAAAGAGAUGGUCAAUGACUUCAAUCAAGCCUUAAAGAACCAUGGGAUCAAUAACAUUCAAGUUGUUGCUAUGGUUGAGGAUACUGUAGGGGGUUUGUCUGGAGGAAGGUACUACAGUAGGGACAAUGUUGCUGCAGUCACAUUGGGAAUGAGCACAAAUGCUGUUUAUGUUGAAUCAUCUCAAGAUGUUCCCAGAUGGAUUCACCAAAAACCUGAAUCAGGCGAGCUGGUUAUUAGCACGGAAUGGAGAAACUUCAGGUCCUCACAUCUGCCACUCACACAAUUUGAUGAUAGUUUAGAUGCUGAAAGCUCUAAUCCUGGUGGCGAGACUUUCGGCAAGGUUGUUUCGGGCAUGUACUUGGGAGAAAUUGUGAGACGAGUCUUGUUGAAGUUGGCUCAAGAAACAGCUCUGUUCGGAGACAGAGUACCUCCUCAGCUUAUGAUUCCCUAUCAACUAAGAGCACCUGACAUGGCAGCAAUGCAUCAAGACACGUCAGAGUAUCGGGAAGUAGUAAUGGAAAAACUGAGAGAGGUUUUCGGGAUAACAGAUUCGAGUGAGAUGGCACGAGAAGUAGUGGCAGAGGUGUGUGACAUAGUAACAGAACGAGGGGCACGUCUUGCUGCAGCAGGAAUAGUGGGGAUGGUGAAGAAGCUUGAAAGAAUACAGAGCAGAAGAAGUGUGGUGACAGUGGAAGGUGGAUUGUAUGAACAUUAUCGGAUCUUCCGAAAUUACCUUCACAGUGGUGUCUGGGAAAUGCUGGGAAACGAUCUCUCUGACAAUGUCAUCAUUCAAACUCCACAUGGAGGUGCUGGCACUGGUGCUUUGUUUCUUGCUGCUUCUCAGACACACUACUAUUCUUGAUUCUUCCCAAGACACAACAUUGAAUAACAUGCUUCUUCCAUCAUCUUGUGCUUGAAUCAGACAUGAGCUGUGAAACCAUUUGCUGAUUAGAUUUUACUUACCAACCAUUUUUUGUCCUAGUGAUCUUUCUGAAUCACAGCAGAGUCAGCAUUUUUUGACAGUUUGGGAGUGUGCACAGUUCGAUCACUUUUUUUUAUCCCAAUCUUCUCAUUAAUAUAAAAUAAUGCAAAUCACUUUUGCAUGUAGCUAGAAAUUUUGUUAUAAACAAGCCCCAGGAACUCAUUAUUUUGAUUAGAAGUCAGGUAAUCUACAGGAUUUGAG